UGUAGAGACAUGCGCAGUCAAGUCCUACCCCAAGCAACACCGUGACAGUGUAUUCGUGUACAAGCAAUUUUUCAGACCAUGGAUCGAGGCGGUGAUAAAACUCUCUUGUUGAGUGCUGACGAGGAUGACUUUGAGCCAGAACUCUCAGAUCGAGGCCACCAGAGGCGAGAGUAUGGUCAGUACAGAGACGAACGUUCCACCAAUCAAGAAGGACACACUGAUACCUAUGGCCAGGAUUACUACGAUUAUGAUUAUGAUGAGUGGACAUCGGCUGACCAGCAGGAUGACCGAAAGGAUCAUUACGCUAUGGAGGGGCGAGGAGACAACGAUAAAUACUAUGAUGACGAGGACGAUUAUGAACCUCGUAAAUCCAACGUAAAUAACCCGCCUCCUUAUUCAGACGACUUCCCGGCCCGUAAAGAACAACAAGCUUACUCGCACAAUGAAACGUCAGCCUACCCCAAUAAUGCUUAUGGUGCUCACAACUACAGCUACGCCCCACCCACUGUCCCAAGUUACCCCGUGCAACAAAAUCAACCCCAGCCCACACCCUAUGUACAGAGUUACAGGGAUGACACAUCUGUGGUGAACUCACCGUAUUGGAGAGAUGCACCUACACCAGAGAUGGCUGCUCAGCCUUUGUAUGCCGGGCAGUAUGCUCUUGGGCCACGAAUGCCAGAGGAACCAUUCCAAGAUGUUCCCAGUUACAAAUGCAGUAGCAUACUUGUUAUGCUCUUCUGCUGUCUACCCCUAGGUAUAGCUGGACUGGUGUAUACAGCUGAUGCUGAAAACCUAAUAAUCCAAAGAAAAUACUCGGAGGCCAAGAAGGUCGCGAACAAGGCAAAAGCCAUGAACAUCAUCGGCGUCGUUCUCGGCAUCCUGAUCUGGAUACUCAACGGGGUGCUCAUAUACUUUAGGUUCAGGAGCAUACAGGCCCGUUACGAAGGGCAUUACUAAAGGCCGUGAGAAAAGGGCUCUUCGGCCGAGCUACAAUUGUUGAAUUGUUAUAUUUUUUGUUAUAUAUAAAUCAUUAUAUAUAUAUAUAUAUAUAUAUAUAUAUAUAUAUAUAUAUAUAUAAGUAGGCCUACAUAUAUUGGGACGGUUCUCCUUAGCAGUGAUAUAAGCUUUUCUAUAUAUGCUUAUAUUAUGUCAGCAAUUAUAUUUCACGCAAUGUUCUUUUAUAAAUGUCCAUGCUUUACAGACAUAUUCAUAUCAAGUGACAGUUCAAUAAUAUCUAAUUUUUUAAAAAUGAAACUAGACAUUUGAUUACUCGCUAAAUGUAAACAUAAACAAUAAAAAAUUUCAGUCAUGAAACUGGAGAUUACUCAGAGGCGUAGCGGGGGUGGGGGCGCUCCAGGCGCCAAAAUGGGUUAUAGAAAAAAUUAAAAGCUCAUUUUAGCUGCAGUUUUGCAUUAUAAAUAUAAAAAAUGUAUGGGGGGGGGGGGGUCGCCAAAUUGAAAGUUUGUCCCUUAAUGCCGGGAAGGGUCGCUACGCCUCUGAGAUUACUAGAUUAAAUAACAAUAGCUUGAUUAGUUAGCCAACGACAAUUUAAUAUUGGUCACGGCUGGCUUGUUUUUUGAAUGAGAUUCCGCUACGGAAUUUUAAAAAUGUGUUUUAUUUAUAUUUAUUUUUAGUGCAGUUAAUAUUUGUUUUGUCUUUAUAUGAAAUCGUGUUUGGCCAACUGAUUAUCUAUAUUUGUUGUAAGCAAUUAUUCUGAAAAGCUUAUAGCUUCGACUGUAAGGCAUUUGUAGUUUUUCCAUGGUUAUUUAUGAAUGUUGUGUAGUCAACCCUACAACAAGUAACGGUGUGGCCUAUCAGUAGAGCGCUAGUUCGAAUCCGGGUUCAAGUCAAUUGAGCAUCCAUGAGUCAAUUCAGCUCAGAUGGGUACCUAGCUCACGUUAGGGAAAGUUAAGGCGGAGCAUAGUACUGGUCACAAUAUCCCCUCAUAUGCCGAGGUUAAGAAACAAAUGAACUCUAUUUCAUCUGCCCAGUAGGUCGUUAGAUCUAAAAAGGAAACUUUACUUUAGUUUUACAACAUAAAUUCUGCGAGUUUGUUUGGCUCAGUUUUUCUGUGUUCAAGUACUUGAUGGUUGCAGCCAGAUAGAAAUACCGGUUCUGGUGAUGAGGCCAUGUGAUCUCUAGGGUAGAAGCCAAAAAAAAAAAACCAACGUAGAACAUCGUUUUGGAUACUGAAAUAUAAUAAUUUACCAGGUCAAGCAUAAACAGAGAAGAAAACUUUAUUUAUAAAUAUCACAUUGUUUAUGAAAUCUGGAAAAGUGUAUAUUGUUUUAAGGGGGCAGUAUCACCCAGACUAAGGGAGGGAAACAAAAACUAACACCAAAAAAAAAAACUAUUCGUCAUAAACAUCUCAAAAUUUUACGGCAGUAGUAAUGUUUCUUUUGCUAUAAUACAGUAUAUAAAUUGUAGGGUAUAUGUAUGGCAAUAAAUUGUCAAAAAUUAUUUUGUUAAUAUUUUAUCACAUUUUGAAUUUUUUUGUAAACAUUUUCUCGAAACCAUAAGUAAAAUACUUAAAAUUUGGUAUAAACCUUCCUUGCGUUAUUGGCUACGUCCGGGACUAAGAUAAUGGUAAUAUAUUUAAUAUAUAAAUACAAUUAUGGUUUUCUUUAAGGCUAAAGGACAACUAUACUAGUUUGUCCUAUCCUGAGUAAUCCCCAUUAGACGUUAUAUGUUAUGAAAGAAUGCUGAUUUUUACUUUCUCGUAUAUACGAAGUAUAGAGAAAGUCUUGUAAUCGUGCAAAAAAAUAAAUCGAGAUUUUCACAAAUCUCGACAUUUUACACCUCACUGAUACGGAAAAACAUAAUUUUGCAAUCUUGUCCGUAUGUCUGUGUGUCUGUCUGUGUGUCUGUGUGUAAACACGAUAACUUGAGAACUGUUACAGCUGGGUUGAUGAAAUUUCAUAUAUAAGUGUUUUAUCAAAAUCGUAGAUCCUGAUCAACUUUUGAGCGAUUUCAGAUAACCGGAAGUGGUACUUUUUCUACUUUAAAUUUUUCAAACGCCUAUAACUUGAGUACUAUUUCAGAUAGAUAAAUGAAAUUUCACAUGUAAGUAAAAGAUCUAAGUUUCUACCUUCUGCCAAAUUUUCAGUAAUUUCCGUUUACGGGAAGUACUAAUUUUCGCUAUUUUCGAUUUCUCAAAAAAAGUACUAAUAAUAUUGCGCACUAUUAUGCACAUUUUGUUUUGGCGUUCGCUUGGUGCGCAAUUCUUUUUUCUAUGAGAUUCUAUUCUAUUUUUAAAAGUUUAAGUAAUUAAAAAUCAUGUCUAUAUUCCAAGUUAUAUAAGAACAUUCGAGAAAGUUUUGAGGAGAUCACUCCCGGUUUAUUUUUUGCUCGAACUUUUAUGUUUGGAAUUGAUUGUUUCA